AUGCCAUCGUUAAGUUACUUUCUAGACAGGACAAAACAACUGUGUGAAUCCAUACUGUCGUUGAAAUUUCAAUCUCCUGGAAUUUUUACAAAUUCAUUCAUAAAAGAACCCUCAAUUACAAGCUUAUUAAAAGAUGCAGAGGAACAUGAGCAGGCACUCUAUAAGAUAAACAAACCUACGGGAUAUAAUAACCUAUCUAAAUCAUUGAUUUCAAAUAAUAGUAACGAUAAAGAAAAGGAAUCGACGCGGAUGCAACUUGAGAUGAAGCCAGAAAGAAUCGAUGGUAAAUCGUACUAUGUUGAUUAUAGCUUUAAUGAUUUUACAAACCUCAAUGUGAACAACAAGCAAGCGCCCUCUGAACAAGUCAAGAGAACAGCUGUCAGAAUACCAGAGAUAGUAAAAGAGUCAGUCGAAACCUUCCAUGAAAACAACGAUGUACCGAAUUCACCAGAGAAGAUCAUCAAUGUAAACUUGAUACCUGAGUCUAUAAUUCAUUCAGACAACAUUAACGACAUAUGCGAGACGAUAUUGGGUUUGAUUAGACGGUAUCCAAAUUUGCUUCAAGAAAAGAAGACGAGUCCCGACGCAACUUUGCUAAGCAAUAUCGUCGAAUACCAUAAAGAAUACAACACUCUUAUCAACGAAAUCAAUGAGUUAGAGGAAGUGGUGGCCGAACAAAAGGACCAAUUGAACUUCUACAACAUCAACUUGAGCGAGCGAAGCCCAAUCGAUAGAAGCCCAACUCGAGGCAAUAAGAGAUCGCAUGAAGAAUCGUCCGACAUCACUGAGAACUCUGACGACAAUAUUGAUAUCGACGAGCUCAUCGCUCAGGAAGAGAGAGAAAUACAAGAGUUGGAGGACCAAUUGACUAAGCGUCAGAAGAUAAGCAUAUGA